AUUAUUUAGAAAUUAUGAAAGGCUGAUAUAUUUCCAAGUCGCAUUUAUACUUUAUCAAUUGGAACAAUAAUAAAUAAUAGUGAAUCAUAAAGACCCCCCCAAAUUGGGCCUAUAUAUGACCAACUUGCACUCCAAACAGGACACAAAAAUAAUAAAAUUAUAAUAGUAAUAACAAAAAACAUGGCCACCGCCACCACCCUGCCGCCCCUCCACUCUCUCCGGCCACUGCGCCGCCGCCACCUCAACCGCCUCUUCGCGGCGGUCUACGCGGCCGCCCUACUCUGUCUCCUCCGCCACCACACACACACCAUCCUCACCUCAACCACCACUUUCUCUCUCCUCGCCUCCUUCUCUCUCCUAAUCGCCGACCUCCUCCUCGCCUACAUGUGGUCCAACACUCAGGCCUACCGCAUGAACCCGGUCGUCCGGGAAGAGUUCCCGGAGAACCUCGAGAAGGUCCUCGACAGGAGGGAUUUUCCGGCGACGGACGUGUUCAUAUGCACGGCGGAUCCGCACAAGGAGCCGCCGGUCACCGUCGUGAACACGGCCCUGUCGGUGAUGGCGUACGAUUUUCCGGCCGAGAAGUUGUCUGUGUACGUGUCGGACGACGGCGGGUCGGAGCUGACUGUGUUUGCGCUGAUGGAGGCGGCCAAGUUUGGAAAGCGGUGGUUGGCCUUCUGUCGGGAGAAUGACGUGGCGGAUCGGAGCCCCGGGGCUUAUUUCGGGUCGGGUUAUGAUUUGACUUCCGAGGCUGAGGAAGUUAAGAUGAUGUAUGAGAACAUGAAGAUGAAAGUGGAGAAUGUGGUGGAAAGAGGUAAAGUAUGUGAGGAAUAUAUUACAAGUGAAGAUGAGCGAAGAGUAUUGGAACAAUAUUGGGCCAAAGAUUUUACCCGCCAAAACCAUCCAUCUAUAAUUAAUAUCUUAUUGGACUCCAAAAGUGAUAGAGAUGUUAGAGUUUCCGCUAGUAUGACCAACUCGCCAAUAAUUUUGACAUUGGACUGUGAUAUGUAUUCGAAUGACCCUCAAACGGUCCAAAGAGCCUUGUGUUAUCUUCUAGAUAAAUCCUGCAGGCCCAAUUGUGGCCCAUCAAAGUACAUACAACCAGAAAUUCCAGAGUUGGGCCCAGACUGCGUUGUAGGAAAGCCUAUUGAUAGUGAGGAAGUUUUGAAGCUGGCCCAUCGUGUUGCCGGAUGCACUUAUGAGAACCAAACAAAAUGGGGUUCCAUGCUAGGCUUCCGAUAUGGGUCGUUGGUGGAGGAUUAUUAUACGGGCUAUCGACUUCAAUGUGAGGGCUGGCAGUCCAUAUUUUGUAAUCCAAGCAGGCCUGCAUUUUUGGGCGAUGUGCCGAUCUCUCUUCUUAAUGUCCUAAACCAGAAUAGAAGGUGGUCUAUUGGGCUUCUGGAGGUAGCCUUUUCCAAGUACAGCCCAUUAACAUUUGGCAUAAAGUCUAUGGGAAUCUUGAUGGGCCAAUCUUACGCACACUACGCCUUCUGGCCCAUUUGGGCAUUCCCUAUAACUGUCUACGCCUUCAUCCCCUCACUCACCCUUCUCCAUGGAAUUCCCAUUUUCCCAAAGGUGGACGAGCCUACGUUUUUAUUGUAUUUAUUUCUAUUCAUCGGAUCCUACACGCAAGACUGCUUUGAUUUCAUCUUCACACAAGGCACGUUACUAACGUGGUGGAGCGACCAAAGGAACUGGCUAUUGAGGGGACUCUCGAGUUACCUAUUUGGGUUCAUAGAGUACGUGACCAACCUUCUAAGCUUGGCUUCAAGUGGGUUCCACUUGACAGACAAAGUCUUAGACGACGAGCUAAGCAAAAGAUACGACCAAGGAAUCUUCGAGUUUGGAGUUGCGUCACCCAUGUUUGUCCCACUAGCAACUGCAACUAUUAUAAAUCUGGUCGCUUUUGUUUGUGGGUUUGCGCGUACUUUUGUGGACGAGAGCUUUGGUACUUUUUUCGUACAGAUUUUUAUUGCAGGUUUUGGGGUCGUGAAUGCUUUGCCAAUCUAUGAAGCCAUGGUUUUGAGACGUGAUAAUGGGAGAAUGCCGAGUAGGGUCACGAUAUCUUCUGCACUUCUUGCAGUGGCUCUCUAUGGGGUUGCGUCUCUUUUUAGACGUGCAUGAGAUUAUGGGAACGUGUUUUAUCUCGCUUUUAGGAAUGUUCUUAUCGAAUGUAGUACUGUUUUCUAUGUUAUGUUUUUCCACAUUGUCUCUGACGAACGCUGUUGAAAAGAAGCUUGUAAUCAAGUCUCAGUCUCAGCAUCCUCUGGCUUCUUGUGAGAAAACAGAAUUAUGCCAUAAAUUAUGAAGGGAGCAUCCUAUCAUAUAUCUGAAUUGUGCCAAUCAAAAGA